AUGGCUGAAGACCUAUUCGAUGCUGACGAACCAUUUGCGGAGGAAAGUGAUGAUUCGUUCAUCGCUCCCUCGGAACCUGAGUCCGAGGCCUCCUUAGGUUCACGAAAGGCAGCUGAAGAAGCUGGAGACUCAGAUUAUGAGUUCUUAUUCGGCUCAGAUGCAAAACCUGAGCUCAAACAAAAGAAAAAAUCAGCUUCAAAAUGGCAAAAAGAACUAGAUCGACGCAUGCGAGAAGCACACGCACAAUAUGCCGAUAUAGAUAAUAUCGAACAAGAUAUUAUGUUCAGACUCAAACAGCUAUCAGAACACUUUGAACGUAGACAUGGUGUAGAAUCAGAGAUGUUGACGUUAUUCAGUGGAUUACUUACACGUGAGCAAUUUACGGUUGAUGCGGCUCCACCAUCCAAGAACGCUCCAGUGUCGGAAGAGUCGACAGACGUACCACCACCCGAACAAGGGGCCGACAAGGCAAUGGAAAAACUUAUGAAGAAACUUAUACGACAGACAUUUCGUGGUCGGACCCCUGAAGGAAGGUUUGGUAACUUGGGACGGGCAGCAGAAGAGACCAAUAGAGCUUCUGCUCCAAGCAAAGUUAGCACCGUUGUAACCAUCAGCCGGGAUGCGCUCUCAAAUCUACAGGAUCUCAAUACACUACUCAGUCGGGAACGUGAGGGUGACUAUGUCGAGCUUGAUGGCGUACCGUUGUACAAACAUACAAGAUAUGGUACACUCUACAUCUUCGACAGCGGUCUUGUGACAACACACAUUCUGCCGCUUUGCACUAAACUGAUGCAAGAAUCAUCGUCACCAGAACAUGAUUAUAGUGCUAUAACACAGGAGGUUAUCUACUUGCUCUACCAGCUGUCACAACCGCCAUCUGGGGCAUGGUACAACUACUGGAAAGAAGCGCAACCACAUUACCGUGCUCUUGCAGUUUCCAAAGAAUACGAACACCAAUCUUCGGUUGCAUCAGAGCUUAAACGACGUUCUGGCAUCCUGGGACACUAUAUGCAUGGACUGGUGGCUUUAAGAGCCGCAUUACAAUCCAGUGACCUGUGGACACUAGUCGGAGAGUUCCGUCUGAAGUUGGAAAAUUUCAAACGUGCUGGUCAUAGAACUCCACAACAGCAACAACAUGUUGAAAUGCUACGAGAACGACAAAAUACAUUGGCAAACGAACGUGAUGCCCUGUUAGCUGAAGCUGAAGACAGCGAUGACGACAACGGGGAUCAGGCACCAAGGGGAAGGCUACGUAAAGACCACAGCGCAGCAGGAGAUCGCAAGAAACGUGUACAAGAGAUACGUAACCAACUAUAUGAAGUUAACGAGGAGCUUAGUAACGAGAGGCAGGCUCACAUGGAUGCGGAACAACAGACAAGGGUUCACUGCAAGACUAUCCGCCUUCUAAUAACGCAGUUAUUGACCGCACCAGGUGAUGGGCUGUCAUUGUUAUGUAUGCUCCAGGAAAGCGGUCUAAUUAACCUGCUGCGUGACGAGGUACUGGCAUGCUUCGAACAGUGCAAACAAGGGUUCGUAGUAUCGGAGGAAGGAGAGAUUAGCACACACCCUGCAUAUAUCAGUGAAGCGCAGCGUGAGAAUUUAUGGGAAUACGUUCGUUUGAUCCACGCAUUACUAGUAUGCAUUGAUCUUGGACGCUUCUUGGGUGCUGCUCAUGAAGGUGUGCGACUUGAGGAGGUGCAGGCAAACGAGUUCCUUAUCCAAUCGGGAGAUGGUUCACAACUACAGACCGUGAACAACGAAUCAUUGAUCGAUCUUAUACGUUUGAAUCCAAAGUUGGCACGGAUGCACUUACGUGGCCAAGUCAACUGGAGUAAAUUCGUCAUCAACGAGAGGUUCAGUGGAACUCGGAGUCGAGAAAGCUAUGAACAUUGGUUCCGUUUACCAUCAUUGGCACACCUGCAGACACCGUUUGACAUAUCUUCCGGUGUGUUUGCUAAUGGCAAUUCAGGUGGUAAAGGAGCAAUACCGCUUUCGGUAAAUGCAGUUAAAUCGCUGCAAUCGGAGCUCCAUAAACUUAUUGGAAUAGAUGGUGAAUUUGAACAUUGCCAUUGGUCAGAUGAGGAUGGUGCUGCUGCUGUUUACUAUGAAUUGGGAUUAGUUCUUUCACUUUGCUUUUCUGACCUAUUGAGGGAAGCACAGGACCGUUACUUCCAGCCAACCGACUAUGAAGUUGUACUUGAUCUCCACACAUGGGUUGUGACAUACUAUAGGUGCCUCCACGCAUAUGUACGUGCGGAAUGCCGUACUGAGGAUCGACAACCGCCACCUGAAGCAUAUGUACUCUUGGCACUGCGUCGAUAUGUUGGAGGCGAUUCGCUUUGUGCCAAAGUAUCCUGCGCUUACGUAUGGCAGCUUAUACGCAAACACUCUUUGUCUAAGGCUACGCAUUUCGGAGCUACUAGUGCGCUGCGCGUACUCUAUGCGAAUCUGGCUCUUUUUAACAUGUUAGGAGACGUUCAUGAAAAUUUUCAUAUGACGCGUAUAUGUCAGGAAUCUUUAUCAUCGUACUUUGCGGGUAACGUGAGAGCACUUCUAUUUUGGAUCCUGCGGCAAUUUAAGCCAUUGUCACACCCACCAAACCUCUUCUGUUUCGCACUGUCAAAUCUACACCUGCUCCGUCGUGUUGUCCAUAGCGUAGGGUCCGUAUCAUUCACCAUAGAGACCACAAGUUCUGACGCCAUGGGUUUCGAUUCGGAUACCGAUGUUAGUGACGAUGGCACCUCUACGACCAAGACCAUUGUGGUGACAAAAGACUCUGUUUUCAGUUCACGUAAUCGCAAUACGGCCAACGAUGACAUCCUGUACAAUGGUAGGGUGGUGUACAAUUGUAUCUCCAUGUUGGCAAACUUUCGUACCAACUCUUCACACUUGAACGACAUGUUGGUAUCACACCUAGAGGCAGUGCCUCUACCUAUGUUGUACGAUGUGAAAUACUUUUAUGUCUUCGGUGAAAUUGCUUCUGAUCGUCGAGUAUGGAAGAAUGCACGAUGGCGUUGGGUUGGAGAUUUUUGUGUACGUGUAAUGGAAUCAUUUUUCGACUCAUGGAUGGGACGUGGGAAUCGUUUCCUCCCGGCCGAGCUAUUUUUCAACAAAUGCUCACCCGCCAUCAGGGGACCUUUCCGUCCAUGUGCACGCGAACAUAUUAUGCCACUAGUACGUGGGUAUGACCAUUGCGAGUUACUCAAUGAGCUUUUGAAGCGACCUGAUGCAAGUGUUUAUGAGCUAUCUAAGGAGCUUCGUGGUGAUGGCAGUUAUGGUGGUUGGGGCCCAGAGGAAGACGCUGCUCUACUCAAAUAUUACAAACAAUUCCACUUCCUUGAGGAUCCUAUUGCUUACAUUGCCGACCUGCUGGGUAGCCGUGCGUCCGAUAUACAGCGCCGACUCCAGGAACUAAAGGUUAUUGGAACCGAGCCUACCCCCGCCAAAGGUGGCAGUGCAUCGUCAUUCGCGAAGAUUCUCCGUAACUUUAUCGCAGCAUUCUCUGAAGAAGCUAUCAAGGUUUGUGCCGAACUUCAUGAGAACAUAUCGGAAUCUAUGGAGAUGCAACGGCUGGGUGGUGCUGAAGCAGUAUGCGUCGUGAUGGAACCUCUAUCCGCAUCAACAACGCUCCUGGAAUCAUCUGCAUUCAAAGCAGUAAUGGAUUCCCUUGGAUUGUCGCAGGAUUGGCUAUUACCCAAGGAUACAUCUUCGUUGGUUCCGCUACUAGCUGUGGUGGGCGAUCCUUCCAACUAUAUAGGUGAAGGCCAUGCUGUACAUGCACCUAAACCAUCAACUGUCCAAAAGGGCGUUGAAGCCUCGCAAACUGGAACUGAUGACCACCAAUCAAUGGAACCAGAACCUGAGGACACAUCUGCACCAGUCGUAGUAACAAGUCGUGACAUUGCACACCUAUUAAUCGAUCUCAUGGUCACAUUGGAACAGCAUAACGAGAACGUUUCGAUCUCGUCCAUUAUCAAGAGCGUAAUCACGCUAGUGGAAUCGGCCUCAGUCAUUGGGAAUGCGGAAUCCGUAUGCCCAGACCUACCGCAGAAUGAGGAAUGCAUAAGCAGGUUACGAUCCUUAUUGCGCAUUGCGGAUGUUGAUGUGAGACCGCCAAUGAUAAAGUGUGGUGGUGUAACCAGCGAGGCACUCGUCACAGAUCGACUUCAUGCUGCGCUUAACCUUAGCCGCCUACCAUUAAACCGUUUGGAAACUAUCGCACAGCGGCAGCCUGAAGAGCCUAUGAAACUAAGACCAACGUCCGUUAUUACAGAGACUGAUUUCGAGGAUUCGUUUGAGAAAGUUACCGAAAGUGCUUACGAUGAUAACCAUGAAGAGCAUUUGGACUUCGAUGCACCAAUUACAUUCAAUGCCACACAGAAGGUCUCCAAAAAGACUCUUCGUAAAGGUGCAUCAAGAAGUUCUGAUACGAAGAAGAAAAUGGCUACCAAGGAUGAUACCAGCCUUGACACAACACCAACACACAAAGAUGUGCACGGUAAUGAAUUGGAUGCGGUAUUAUCUGAGCUGCGCCGCAGACUAUCUAGCGGUGAAUUGCGCAUAGAGGCUGCUGAUAUCAUGGGAUCAGGGCUAUUUUCCAAUUGGGAUGCAGCAUUUGCAUCACUGAGAAAUACAUGCCGGGCGUUAGGUGCCACUGAAGAGUUUGUGGAUUCUGGACUAUGGCUUGUAUGGUCAACGGAUACGGUAGGAUCGGCCGUAGCACAACUUGCCCAUAAGCAUGGUUUAGGGCCUGUUUCACAUGGCCGUCAUGCCCAGCGCCGUAGUAGCACCAUUCGACCCCAAGACAUCGGAGUAAGAUGUAAGUCGGAACAAACAACACCGGAAAUAACCCCGUUCCGGCGGUUGGAAAUUGACCGUGACCGUGUGGCGGAAAUCUACGAGGAGUCGCUGAGGCUCGCUCGCGAGGGUCGUUUGCAGAAUACACUGCAAUCUAAACAGGACGUGCAGCGGCUAUUAGAUUGA